AUGUCUGCAGCUCAUGAAGGCUUGGGGCAAGGCGCAUCACCCAAAAAGAAAUGGAAAUGGCCAACAGAGAUGCCGGAGACGACAACUUUCACCGGAAGAAUCUAUCUGUUCAUGCUCCGUAUUGGAGUUCCUAACAACAAGCUACGCUUCCGCCAACAUAUGGCUAAUGAAAUGGCACAUUCCGCUACUGACCGCUGGGAUACCGAACUUCUCAUCUCAUACGGGUGGAUUGAAUGUGCUGGGUGUGCAGAUCGCUGUGCUUACGAUCUCACAGUACAUUCGAAGAAGACCGGCGAGCCAUUGAUUGUUCGUGAACAGAGAACAGAGCCCUUGAAGGUGGAGCAUUGGCAGAUCAUCAUUGAUAAAGCCAAGUUUGGUCCAACUUUCCGCAGAACGGGAAGCCUUCUCAGAAGUCUUAAAACAAAAUUCUACAUCACCAUCAUCGUUCCUGGAGUGCUCGACGGCAAUUUAGAUAUUCUACGAGAGCUCGUCAAGUUUGAAAGGCGGACUGUCGUGCAGAAUAUCCGCGAAUACACUCCUAAUGUCAUCGAGCCCCCUGUUUGGUAUUGGGCGUAUUUUUUGCAGCCUCCUGGAGCACGUCUAUUGGCAGCAUGCGGAUGA